AUGGCGCACAUGAGAUUCCUAGUGCACUUUUCUCUAGCACUCGCCGUGCCCGAGCUCGACCCGAGUCUCAUCGAACGAAAUACCCAGCUCAUCCUCAAGACUGGGUCCGAUGCCCCGUACCUCAUGCACGAGAUCCUCGCCCUGUCUGCUCGGCAUAUGUCGAUACUCGAGCCAGAAAACGCAAUGGAAUUCCUACACGACGCAGUUCAGCUACAAACAAGAGCGAUAUCAUUAUUCAACGCUCAAAAGGCGCGGAUAGACGAGCCCAGCUGCGUCCCCUUGGUCCUGUUCUCCGCCAUCCUCGGCCGUCACCUCUGCGUCGACGCACUUGCAUUCCGCAGCACCAACCUGGAUCCUUUCAUUGACUGCUACGUGAACUUUGCUAGGAUCCGGAGAGGUGUUAGAGUAAUCGUCAGUCGCGCCUGGGCAUUGUUGAAGACAUCGGAGCUCGUGCCUUUGAUGUCGUGGGGGCUGGGUCUGAGUCGACUGAAAGGCGUCGGUCCCGAUUGUGACAACAUCCUGGACUUGAUCUCUGCAUCACCAAACCUUUCGCCCGCCGAGAAGGAGAUCUACAUGUCUGCUAUAGAACUUAUACAGGUUGCACUAGAUGACCUAGACACCAGGCGCGGGACCUUUGGCAGAUUGGCGAUUCAGGAGCAUAUCUGUUGA